UUAUGGCAGUGUAGUGAGUGGUUGGUUGGAAAUUACCGAUUUGUGAAAAAUUAGAAUUCGUACGUUUCAGUUGUAAUUUUUUUUUUCGUUUAAUGUACGCUGUCACAUUUUUAGAUCAUCAAAGAUAUUUGCUUCAAUUGAUAUCAAUACAUCAUACUUUCGCUUAAAAUUUGGUUUUCUUCGGAGCUGGCCUGGAUUAUUGACGUUUCAUAUGCCUGUAUAAAAUAAGCUUCCGAAUGCUGUUUGUUUCGGUGUACGCACUGAUUGUAGAUUGUGGGCGUGCGGUUUGAUUUUAGUAGUAUACCAGAGAAAUAUUGGAUAUUGUGGAAAGUGCAAUAUUGUGAUACAUUUAUUUCAUUAAUAUGUGGUACGAAUUGGCACUGAUGUGGCAAACCGGAUCGCAUCAAGGUGGAGAAAACGUGACGCUUUUAUAAGAUGGGAGAGGGCGCGCAGCGAGCGGGCGGGCGCGCGGCGUCGGGUGACACGCGUUGCGCCGCGAACUGCGGCCUGCCACUUGUUCAGUUGGAUUGAAGCGGCCGUAACGGGCCAGUAUGGAGGAGUGUAAGAAGAGAGUGCAUGGUACUAAAGUUUCGAAAAUCGCAAAUAUAUUUCAAGGAAUGCCGUCUAGGGAUGACGAAGACUUGCGCGGCGCCGAUGUAACGGUCGUGCGCACCGAGAGUCACUUGGCUAGAUUCAAUAACGCGCGAGCGUUAUUUGAGAAGUUGGGGGAAGAGAAUCGCGGCUUCCGAAUCGAGAAAUCACCUUCCGCGGCAGCGAGCUUCGCGGGCACUCGCGGCGGACAGCCACCGGUGCCCACGCGAUCGCGCUCAAGCUCCGCGGGUUCCGUUAGUCCGCAGAGGGCCAGCGUCACCCCAACUAACGCUCUUGCGCCGGCGCUCAACGGAGACAGACUCGCCAAUGGCGCAGGGCAACCGCCGCCUAAGCCCGUCAAACCGAGCGUUUUGCCUAAACCUGAGAAACCCGAUAGACGAUUUAAUAAGGAGCUCAUCGAAAAACAAAGGAAUUGGACUGCACAUUUCAAUAAGCAGCGGCCGGUGCGGUACGAACACGAGCAGAGGCCUGACCAAAAAUUUGGUCCGGGACACAUUGACAGAAAAUCGCCGGAAAUUGCCGAGAGGUAUGUCGUCCCAUCCCGAGUGUAUUCACCGCCGCUCUCGCCCGGCGCCGGCGACUCGCAAGCAGAACGUCCUACGACUCUUCCUUCAUCCUUAGUCACUCGCGGUGUACACGUUGCGAAAUCUCCUAGUCCUGUAAAAACGAUCGCUUCCGUGUCGCCAUUGCCAAGAGCGAGUAAUACACUAUCUCCCACCGCAAGAACUUCACCAACUUUCAAGGUAGAACGCGUUUCUCCAAGCAAAGAUGGUGCCCAAAAUAUUGGAAUCAACGAAAGAUUAUGUGCCGGUAAUCGAUCGCCCGUAGUUAGUGACAUAGACAGUGAUACAGCUGAAUCGGAAGCGGCGAAUGUUAACAACUCCGUGCAAUAUCCAAAUGUGCCACCGAAGCCCGUCGAAAGAAUUUUAUCCGCUCAGUCUUCUCCUGUUUCACAUUCAAUAUCAGACCCGUUAGCCAAAAGGCCACCUCCUUCGCCUCCCAUACGAAUGCCAAGAUCUCCACCACCUCCCAUACCUCAAGAAAAAAUCACACCUCCUCGUGACACCAUUCCUUCUGAAGCUUUCACUGAAGACAGAGGUAUUGCUUUUCCCGAUAUUAUCGACGAUUUACGUGUACAACCCAUACCUCCGAGAAACCGAAGAUCUCCUUCUAAAUCUCCCGUACCCCGUACCGCGUACAACGAUGGCUCCGCCCCCACCUCUCCUCUACGACGAAGCGCAGAUAUAUGUGAUAACGCGCGAAGAUCACCAUCCAAGAGCGGGGAUUCGGAAGAUGAAAAUUAUAAUGCUUUGCAAUACGGGUACGAUUCUAAUGAGAAGGGGAAGAGUAAACGGCGGUCAUCAACGCCCGAGUCGCCGGCAAGCGCUCUACCGGAAGACGAUGCGUCCCGGUCGCCGCUGACGUCGCCCGCGGCAUCCCCGGUGCACGGCGUCCCCGUCACACCGUCGCUACUCGCUUCCCCAACACAUUUACGUGUCUUGGUUAUUGCGCGGCAUGUUGGGCGCGAGAAACUAACUGGCGAGAUUGAGCGUAUGAGUGAGUCGUUUCAUUGGGAUUGCGAUAAGACGAAGAAGACAGGUCGUGUGGAGCUAAAGUUGCGCGUGAGCGUGCGUGCGGUUGCGAGUGAGGGCGCGGCGAGAUGCGGCUGUGAUGCGCGCGCUCGCCCGCCGCACACAAUGCGCCUCUGCGGCUGUUGCAUCGCGGGCGGAGGUCGCAAGUCGUCGACGGAGGAGGGCGUGCGACGCGCGUCGAGCGUGUCCGACGAGGGCGGGUUCAACGAGCCCUCGCCCGAUGUCGCGGCGCUGCGGCCCUCGGAGCGCGCCCGCUCCGACCCCGACACGCUCUCCGUACUGCAGCAGGAUUCUGGUGUGGUGGUGAGCGAGGCGAGCCAGGGCUCCAUCGAGGUGCUCGACAAGUCGACCACCAGUCAAUGGAGCGUGUCUGAGGCCGAGGCUCCAUCCAGCGAUGCGGCGCAAGCGCACGACACCGACGACAAGCAGCCCGACAGUAUGACGCCAGAUGAGGCUGAAAUACUUCUCAGCUCCAGCAUUCUGGAGAAAAAACUUAGACAAGAGGGUCUGCUGUCGGACGAGCAGGCGCAGGAGAUCGUCGCCAUGCUGUCCCCGCACGCCCCGCACGCCCCGCACGCCCCACACGCCGCACACGCCCCGCACACGGCACACGCACCACUCGCCAACGACAAUGGCGUCUCGCUCAACGACAGCUACCAGUCUGUGCUCUCCUACGAGAGCAUGCAGUCAGUGGAUGAAAGCUACGAGUUUGUGUCACUUGAAGCGGACAACGGCACAGUGUCCGGUGAACGUCGCCACGACGACGAGCAGGACAGCGAGAGAGUGGAACAAGUCGAGCAGGUGGAACAUGUUCAGCAGCAGGAACAUGUUCCGCCGACGGAACAUGUUCCCCGCACGGAACAAGUCGAGCAGACUCGCAAGGAGCCAGUGGAUCCUUCAGAAACCGUAUUCGAUUACUACCCGCCGCACCCGCUGCGUGAGUUGGGCGAAGAAAACGGAAUACAUUACUUUGAAGAUGGACAUUUUUACACUGAGGUUGCUGGACUUCCACCAGUCGAGGAUGAUGAGGACGAUGACUAUUACCCACCUGUAUUUGUUAAAAAGAAUUCCAAAGUGAAAUUCAGUACGCAGCCGAUGCGCGUGUUCUCGACGCACUCAGUACGCGAGUACGAUCGCCGCAAUGAGGAUGUAGAUCCUGUCGCCGCCUCCGCAGAGUACGAGCUGGAGAAACGAGUAGAGAAGAUGCACGUCUUCCCAGUUGACCUCGUCAAGGGAAACGACGGACUGGGACUCUCUAUUAUAGGUAUGGGCGUGGGUGCGGAUGCGGGUCUGGAGAAGUUGGGCAUCUUCGUUAAGACCAUCACGGAGAGCGGGGCCGCAGCACGCGACGGACGCAUACAGGUCAACGAUCAGAUCAUUGAAGUCGACGGCAAGAGCCUGGUCGGAGUGACACAAGCGUAUGCGGCGUCAGUAUUGCGCAACACAUCGGGUCCGGUCAAGUUUCUCAUCGGUCGAGAGAAAGAUCCGGAGAACAGUGAAGUGGCGCAUCUCAUACGACAGUCACUGGCCGCUGAUAAGGAGAGAGAAGAAAGAGCGGCAAGAGAGCGGCAGCGCCGGCAGCAGGCUGAGGAGGAAGACAGCAACCAGCAGUCUUCCGCCGAAGCGGCCGUAGCGCAGGCACGCCAUCCUGAAAUCAACGAACUGCGCGCAUUUUUGCAAGAGCUGGUGGGUAUGGAGGCCGGCGGAGGUCGCGGGGAGGAGAUCAGCUCGCGUGUGCGCGAGUGGUGUUCGCGGCGCGCACCACCGCCACCCUCACAGCAUGCACUCGCCCGCGCCGCUGAUGCACAUAGAAAAUACGACAAGGCGCGUCGUGCAUUGCGCGGUUGGCGACGCACGCGCGCGCUGGUGCGUGCGCGCGAGGAGUGGUGGAGCGGCGCGCUGCGGGACGCACACCGCGAGUACGCCACCGCGCUCUCCGCGCUGCACGACCGCGUCGCACGACUUGAAGUCUUACUGCUCGAGACGCAGAAGAAGGCGGGACUGCCCGUGAUGCUGCCUCACGAGCCGUCGGCCCGCCGCGAGACUCCGCCCCUGCCGCGACGCCCAGACCCCGAUCCGCUCAUGAUUGACGAUCCAUGGAGCUCGGACAGCGAUCUAUCAGACUUGUCCCCGAUAGAGGACGAGUAUGCGAAAGUGGACAAGUCUGACAGGAGGCAGCGCGAGGCGCCCGACAUCGGCGACGUCACUGCACCAGCGCCCGCCGCUGACACCCGGCCUCCCGCCCCCCACGACAAGCCCGCCGCCCCCGACACAUCUCCCGCCCCCGCCCCCGCACCCACGCACACGCCCACACCCGCCCCCGCCCCCGCUCCCUCCGCCAGUGCGCCCGCACCCACCAGCAGUGCUGCCUCCGUCACUAACUAUACUCCCACAUUUAAUGAUAAUCUUAGCGGAAGUGGCACGAUGCGCAGCUGCAGCUCUGCGGGCGGCGACAGUGUGGGCGGGGCGUCGCGCGAGCUGGACGCAGCGGUGCCGCGCGGUGUCCUGCUCGACACCUCCGCACACCGCGCUCGCACUGACCUCGCCAGGCAUCGCCCACACGCCCCGCACUCGCCGCACUCGCUCAGCAAUGCCAGCUCUUACGACGGCCUGGACGACUCUUACAAUGAUUCAGCCGACGAAUCGUUGAGCGAAUCCACAUCUGGGCCGCCACAUUCCAAUGUUACGCGAGAUACGCGGCAGAGCUGCGGCAGCUCUAUCGGCAGCGCGACUGACGACGGCGUGUACUCGCGCGACCACCGACAUCACCCGCUCUCAGGUCCGCCGGCGUCGCUGGCAGAGCAACUGAAGCAAGUGUUGGCGGAGCGCGAGCGGCGGCUGGGGGGCGCGCCCGAGACUCACCCCGCCCACCCCGCGCACCCCGCACACGCCCCGCCCACCUCCCUCGCCUCGCCACACCCGGACCCGGUGCAGCUCACCAACGACCUCGUCGAUGAGAUACGACAGGCCGUCAACGAGGCCAACGCACGAGUGAAGAAAGCUCCGGCUUGUGUAGUCGGCGGCGAGGUGCCGUGGCAGCCGCUGUCGGCCGCCGUCUCUGAGGCCAGUCUGUCGCCGCCGCCCGCCGCGCUCGCCACGCAGCCCGUCACGCAGUGGACCAAGCAACAGGUAUGGCAGUGGGUGUCGGGGCUGGGCGAAGGCCUGGAGCGUCACGCGGGGGCGUUCGCGUCCCGCGGCGUCGACGGAGCCCUGCUGCUGGCGCUGAGCUCUGCAGACCUCAAGCUGCUGGGCCUCGGCGGUGAUCAACGCAGGCGCAUGAAGAGACGCCUCAAGGAGCUGCGCUCCGCACACGAGAAACAUCUCAAAGCGCUCAAAAAGGCAGAAAAGAAAGCCAAGAAGAAAUAGACACGCUGAUACCAACGACUGUUAUGUACUAAGCAUAUUAUUAUAAGUACUUGAAGUAUGUCAGAGAUGAAAUUACGAACUAUUCAAUCAAGGUAAUGUACUGUUGAACGAAAACGAUGAUUUUUGCUCACUAGUAAUCAAAAUUUUUCGAUUGUCAUAAUCUAAAGUCUAUAUAAGACUCUAGUACUUAUAUAUAUUUGAAAAGUACUAAUUAAUCAUAAUUUUUGUGACUUUUAAAAAUAUAGUCCCCCCCCGAUUAGUGAAGCUUAGAGUUCCGAAUUACCACAAAAUUUACUUAAGCGCUAGUACGCACCAAAGAUCCAGUUUGCACAGACAUGAAUAUGUGAAACUUUUUAGAAUUUAGUAAAUUAUAAAGUUCUAUCGCAUGAUAGGACGGUUUCGGACUCUUUAGGUCAUUAUAUAAUCACAAAUAAAUGUAUGUGGUUGUAUGUCUAAAUGUUUCUACUUACUACUACUUAAGAAUUUUUUCUUUAUAAAAAUAAUAAGCGAAGUAAGAAUUAUUGGAAUUGGAUCUUUAGACAGUAAUGUAUAAAAAUGG